AUGAAGAACAGAAGGGAAUAUGUGGAAUACUGGAGCGCAAUUAUAGUGUCUCUCUUCUGGAUUCACAGUUCCUCCGGGAUGCCUCAUGUCAUACGGAUAGGUGGGAUUUUUGAACAAACCGAUGGACCCGUGGCACUGGUGAGCUCCGAGGAGCUGGCCUUUAAAUUUGCAGUUAAUAAUAUCAACAGAAACAGGACAUUAUUGCCCAACACAACGUUAACAUACGACAUUCAGAGGAUAAAUAUCUAUGAUAGCUUUGAAGCUUCUAGAAAAGCAUGUGACCAGCUGUCUUUAGGUGUUGUUGCCAUAUUUGGGCCAUCUCAUAGCUCCUCAUCCAAUGCUGUACAGUCCAUCUGCAAUGCCCUGGAAGUGCCGCAUAUACAAGUACGAUGGAAACACCAUCCAAUGGACAACAGGGACACGUUUUAUGCCAACCUGUACCCCGAUUACUCCUCUCUCAGCUACGCUAUCUUAGACCUGGUGCAGUUUCUCAAGUGGAAGACAGCCACCGUGGUUUAUGAUGACAGCACAGGAUUAAUCAGGCUUCAGGAGUUAAUUAUGGCACCGUCCAGGUAUAACAUCAGACUAAAGAUCCGACAGCUCCCUCUGGACACCACAGACACCAGACCUCUGCUCAAGGAGAUGAAACGGAGCAGAGAGUUUCGCAUUAUCUUCGACUGCAGUCAUAUAAUGGCUGCACAGAUUCUUAAACAAGCCCAGAUGAUGGGAAUGAUGACAGAGUACUAUCACUACAUCUUCACCACUCUGGAUCUCAUGGCUAUAAACCUGGAGCCGUAUCGCUUCUGUGGUGUUAAUAUGACCGGAUUCCGCAUUCUAAAUGUGGACAAUCCUCAAGUUGCUUCCAUUGUGGAGAAGUGGUCCCUGGAGAGACAGAUUCCACCAAAACCGGACUCCGGACUCCUAGAGGGAAUUAUGACGACAGAUGCUGCUCUGACGUACGACGCAGUCCACAUCGUGUCGGUCUCUUACCAGCAUGCUCCGCAGAUGACUGUCAACUCGCUGCAGUGUCACCGCCACAAACCCUGGAGGUUUGGAGGCCGCUUCAUGAGUUUCAUUAAGGAGUCUCAUUGGGAUGGCCUGACGGGACGGCUGUGCUUCAACAGGACUUCAGGUCUGCGCACUGACUUUGAUCUUGACAUCGUGAGUCUUAAGGAGGAUGGCCUUCAAAAGGUGGGAAAGUGGAGUGCAUCUGGAGGGCUCAACAUCACGGAGGUUUCCCGACAGAAUGGCAUGAACAUCACAGACUCACUUUCAAACCGCUCUUUGGUCAUCACCACUAUCCUGGAGGAGCCAUAUGUCAUGCUUAAGAAGUCUGACAAGGCACUUGUUGGCAAUGACCGCUUUGAGGGCUUCUGUAUCGACCUUCUUAAAGAGCUGGCCAGCAUUCUAGGAUUUUCCUAUGAGAUCCACCUGGUGCCAGAUGGGAAAUAUGGUUUUCAAGAUGACAAAGGCCUGUGGAAUGGCAUGAUAAAGGAGCUCAUGGAACAUAGAGCUGAUCUAGCCGUGGCUCCUCUCACGAUCACGUUUGCGCGGGAGAAAGCCAUCGACUUCUCCAAACCCUUCCUGAACACUGGCAUCAGCAUCCUGUACCGCAAACCCAACAGCACCAACAGCGGCUUCUUCUCUUUCCUGAACCCCAUGACCCCUGACAUCUGGGUGUACAUCCUACUGGCCUAUCUGGGCGUCAGCUGUGUGCUGUUCGUCAUCGCCAGGUUCAGUCCGUAUGAGUGGUACGACGCCCAUCCAUGCAACCCUGGCUCCGAUGUGGUCGAAAACAACUUCACCCUUCUGAACAGCUUCUGGUUUGGUGUGGGCUCCCUCAUGCAGCAAGGUUCGGAGUUGAUGCCCAAAGCUCUCUCCACCCGAAUCAUUGGAGGCAUCUGGUGGUUCUUCACCCUCAUCAUUAUCUCCUCCUACACUGCAAAUCUGGCCGCCUUCCUCACUGUAGAAAGGAUGGACUCACCCGUUGACUCAGCCGAUGAUCUGGCCAAACAAACCAAGAUCGAGUAUGGUGUUGUCAAAGAUGGAGCCACCAUGUCUUUCUUCAAGAAAUCACGUGUGUCUACGUUUGAGAAGAUGUGGGCUUUUAUGAGCAGCAGACAGAGUACAUCAUUCGUAAAGUCCAUUGAGGAUGGCAUUCAGAGAGUUUUGAAGUCUGAUUACUCUUUGCUUAUGGAGUCAACUACUAUUGAGUAUGUGACUCGUAGGAACUGCAAUCUAACACAGGUCGGAGGCAUUCUCGACAGCAAAGGUUACGGCAUCGGCACCCCCAAAGGUUCCCCAUACAGGGAUAAAAUCACAAUCGCUAUACUCAGCACUCUGGAGGACGGUCGUCUUCACAUGCUCAAAGAGAAAUGGUGGAGUGGCAGCAGCUGCCUGGAGGAUGAGCGGUAUGAGACGGGUCCAAUGGGCAUCCAGAACCUGGGUGGCAUCUUCAUCGUGCUGGCAUCUGGUCUGGUGCUCUCAGUGUUUGUGGCUAUAGGAGAAUUCAUCUACAAACUCCGCAAAAAUGUAGAACGUGAACAGGUCUUUCUUCAGUGCGGUGAUAGAAGAGAUCAGACUGUCGUUCAUGUACAAGAGACGAGUGAAACACAAGCCCCACCCCCAGCCACCAGCCACAGCGAAGACAGACGCAGCGAUCAACAUACACUCCUUCAACGAUUGUCGCCUGCCCGGAAAGGACAACAUGAGUUGCAGCACCGCAAUGACGCCCGUAUUUCCAUGACUUGCCUGGGCGAUGGCCACCUAAGGCAUGUUCCCGGCACCGUGCCGGAGAGCAGGGACUACGGUUCCGAAAUGAUCACAUCAUUCACCAUCAACCGUAGAGACAUCCGACACCAAAUGGCCAGUCAAAAUGGUGGCAGUAGCAACAAACCAGGUAGUGACCACAUCCUCAAACCAAUGUAUCCCACCAUGCCAUUGCGAGAGGGCGGCCGAUCGGUAUCCUUCCUGUGAGAGUGGCGCGCCACGUCUCGGAAACAGAUCUGCGCCAGAGUCUGAUGUUUACAAAUGGCACUCC